ACAAAAAUUGCAGUUACAAAGGAAAAACAAACAAACAAGAUUUAUCCUUUUCUUUCCGACUGUGAAAAGAUUUAUCAUUUCUUCGCAAGUUUUCCCGAUCUGUGUUUUUCCAUUAGUAAUAUAAUAUAAUAUAAGUUUUCCCCCUAAAGCCGCCAUUAUUGUUUCCCUGUCCCACAAUCUGCAAUUCACUAACAGCGCUUUCUUUUCGCCUAACAUUUUUUUUCUAGUCACAGAUCUAUAUAGUUCCGUCAUAUUCAUCAAACUUCACUUUCUCCGACGAUUUCAUUGGGAGAAAGUGACCCAAUUGGGCACUGUUCUUUGAUUUCUUUUACCCAGAUUGCAUCGAUAAGGGUUUUCCGAUUUCCCGAGGUUGGUGUACAUUCAAUCAAAGGUGAAAAGCGAAGCAUUCAAUUGUAGCAGGGAUUACUGCUAUUUGGGGAAGAAGAGAAGUGCCUAAACAUAGGGGUUUUGGAGUUGUUUCUUCAGUACUGUUUCAGAGAAGGGUGUUUGUGUUUGAUGCUUGGUAGCCUGUGGAACAAAUGGCUCCCAUAUUCUAUAUCCUCAUUGCGUUGCCUUGCACAGUUGGUGCCAUUGGACUGGCACUUUUGCACAUUUACAGGCAUCUUUUGAAUUAUACUGAGCCUACUUAUCAAAGAUACAUUGUCCGCAUCAUCUUUAUGGUUCCUGUUUAUGCAUUAACGUCAUUCUUUUCGCUCAUCUUAAAUGAGAGAGCCAUCUAUUUCAAUUCCAUUCGUGAAAUAUAUGAGGCGUGGGUCAUAUAUAAUUUUCUAUCACUCUGCCUGGCAUGGGUUGGUGGCCCAGGGGCUGUUGUUCUAAGUUUGAGUGGCCGAAUUCUAAAGCCAAAUUGGUGUCUGAUGACCUGCUGCUUACCUCCGCUUCCUUUGGAUGGGCGCUUUAUCCGAAGGUGCAAGCAGGGGUGUUUGCAGUUUGUGAUUCUCAAGCCCAUAUUAGUGCUCGUUACAAUCAUACUAUAUGUAAAAGGAAAAUAUGAGGACGGAAAUUUCAGUCCAAGCCAGUCAUACCUGUACCUCACAAUUAUAUAUACUAUCUCUUACUCGAUGGCACUUUAUGCAUUGGCUUUGUUUUACGUGGCAUGCAAAGAUCUGCUCCGUCCAUUUAAUCCAGUUCCAAAGUUCAUCAUUAUAAAAUCCGUCGUAUUCCUUACGUACUGGCAGGGUGUUCUGGUGUUUCUUGCUGCAAAGUCGGAGCUUAUUAAAGAUACCGAGGAAGCUGCUGAAUUUCAGAAUUUUAUAAUUUGCGUUGAGAUGCUUAUUGCAGCUUUUGCUCAUCUUUAUGCAUUCCCAUACAAGGAAUAUGCUGGUGCAAAUAUUGGUCCUCCUCGUGGUUUUACUGCUAGCCUUGGACAUGCCCUUAUGCUAAAUGACUUUUACCAUGACACGGUUCACCAGUUUGCUCCUACUUAUCAUGAUUAUGUUCUUUAUAAUCAUGGUGAUGCCGAAGAAGGGGGUGCAACAAAGUACAGGGCAAGGACUUUUGUCCCAACUGGCCCAGAGAUGGAUACUGUUAGGAAAAACAAGCACAUAAUUGGGAACAAACAGGAAGAUGUACAAUUAUCUACUCUCUCCCCAUCUGCUAAUAACAACAAUCCACAAAAUCCUGUUGCAGGCCAACAAACAGGGAAAUCGGAGGCAAUGAACUACUCUUUGCUUAUGGAUGCAUCAACUAAUGUUUCAGCACCCUAUGACCUAUCACUGAUUGAUGUAGAUAUUUCAACUUAUCCAUCUAAGGUACCUGCAGCCAAUCCUGGGUCAAGGUGAUGCUAUUGAAUUUUUCAACCAUGUGUGGAUUCAUUUUGUUUGGGAAUUAGAUAUGGCCAGCGUCACACGUGAAACUGAGUAUGUCGCUGUGAAGCUCACAGUUGUAACUUUAGUUUGUAAAUGUAGGCAAAGCUAGUUUUCUACCAUGUACUUUUGAUUGUGUGCUCCCAUUUCCAUAUGUAGUGUAAUUAAAGAAAACCUCAGUUAUGUUACAUUUGGAUGUGUUUAACAAAAGCUCAUCAUAUUUUAUCCGUCUUUUAAUUCAAUUAUCUGAAUGACUCUA